ACAGAAGAGAUGGCAGGGCAGUGGAUGAUGAUCUUGAUUGGUGCGUCACUGUGGAUGACUUGCUCAGCAGCUCCAACUGAAUGCCACUUCAACUCUCAAGCUCAGUGCGAGUAUGAGGGAAGGCACUACACGUUGGGUCAGACCUGGAUGGAGCAGGGGUGCAUACAGUGCACCUGUCUGCACCCUUUUGGUGUGGGCUGCUGUGAAACUGUGCAGCAGCCAGUGGACUUCCCACCUUGGUGCCAGGUGCGAGUUGAAUCUGUAACCUGCAAGGUGAGCUUGGUGCUAACCUCUGACCCACGUCUGCCCUGUAUUCCAGGAGAGGGGAACAGUGUGGACCCCAGUCAUGGAGAAAUGAACGUGAAACUAGCAGGUUAACAAGACAACAAAGCAGUUGAUCCAUCUGCCAAACCUGCACCAUGCCUGUCUGCCUGAGCUGUCAUUGUGCUUUAUCUGUAGGAUCUGUAAUAACGAUGAUACUAACAUUUGCUUUUUAUCCACCUGAAAAUUAGACAGUGUUUGGUCAUUUCUGUCCCCUGCUGUAAUAAACUUUACUGGUUUUAUAUCUUGCCUGACGAUGCAGUGAUGAAUAAACCCUCCAGAGCUCAAAUUUGCUCAUAAUGCAAGUCUAGGUACAGAUCAUUCACCUUUAGUAUUCACUAUGGAGCUGAAACACAAAUACUAAUCCUCGAUCAGUGCUUAUCCUGAAACAACUUCUUGAAAAACAUGUGCUGUUGUUUUGGAGUGGUCCUUUCUCAUCCUUCAUAAUUCAUACUUAUCUACUCAAAUAGCAUGGUCAUGAUACAUUAAAAUUACCUAAUGCACUAUUGUAAAUACCUAGCUUUGCACCUUCAA